AUGUCCUUUAAAAGUAAACCAGAAAACUGGAAAUGUGAAAGCCUGGACUAUUUAGGAUUUCAAAGAGCCCAGACAAUGAUAUUUGCCAUUGAAGAAAUAAACAUAGAUCAGACCAUUCUUCCGAACAUUACAUUGGGUUACAGACUGUAUGACAAUUGCAUGAAGUUACCAAUGGCACUUCGAGCAGCCACUACCCUAAUUGCUGGUCAAGAAGAUAUUAUAACAGAUUUCAAAUGUUGGGGUCCACCGCCAGUCCUUGCCAUUGUUGGAGAUCCAGGUUCGACACAUUCAAUUGCCAUGUCAAGAAUGUUAAGCCUAUUUCAAAUGCCUAUGGUCAGCUAUUAUGCAACAUGUCUAUGCUUGAGUGAUAAAAAAGAGUACCCCACAUUCUUUAGGACUAUACCUAGCGAUGCCUUUCAAGUCAAAGCAAUGGUCCGAAUCAUUCAGUAUUUUGGGUGGACGUGGGUUGGUGCUAUUGCAAGUGAUGAUGACUAUGGACAGUAUGCAAUUAAGAAUUUCAAUGAAGAAAUUAAGUACUUUGGUUGCAUAGCCUUCUCAGAAACUAUUCCAAAAGUAUAUGAAAAAUCGAAAAUUGCUCAAAUAGUUGAUUCUAUAAGUCAUUCCACAGCAAAAGUUAUAGUUGUGUUUUCUUCCAGAGGAGAUUUGGUUGCAUUAAUGAAAGAAGUUGUAAGACAAAACAUCACUGGUAAGCAGUGGAUUGCAAGUGAAGGAUGGAGUACAUCAACAGUUUUAGCCAGCAAAGAAAAUGCUGACUCAUUCGGUGGAACAAUAGGUAUUGCAAUUAGAAGAGGAGAGAUACCAGGCCUGAAAAACUUUCUUCUGCAGCUAAAGCCUGACCAGAAUAAUAAUAUAAUGAUAAAGUUCUGGGAAACAGUCUUUGAAUGCACCUUCCAGAAUAACAUAUCAAAUCUGAAUUUGUCCACUCCUGGGACCAGUAAAGCAUGCACUGGAUCAGAAGAUCUUAAAACCACAAAUAAUGCUUUUGUUGAUACAUCAAAUUUACGAGCAUCAUACAAUGUUCAUAAAGCAGUGUAUGCUUUAGCUCAUGCCUUACAUGAUUUGAUUUCUUGCAAAACGGGAAAUGGGCCAUUUGAAAAUCAAACAUGUGCCGAUAUAAAGAAGUUAGAGCCUUGGCAGCUGAUUCAUUACCUGAAAAAAGUGAAUUUCAUUAAUCAUUUUGGAGAUAAAGUGACAUUUGACAAAAAUGGAGAUGCACCUGCAAUUUAUGACAUAAUUAAUUGGCACAAAACAGGGGACGGAAGUGUAACAUUUAAAACAGUUGGUGUUUUUGAUGAAUCAGCCACAGCAGGAAAGGAACUUUUUCUGAGUGAUGGGGAAAUAUUUUGGAACUUUCCAUCUGGAACGGUAAAAUCAAUAUGUAGUCAAAGCUGCUAUCCUGGAACACGAAAAGCUACCAGAAAGGGACAACCAGUUUGCUGCUUUGACUGUGUACCUUGUACAGAUGGAGAAAUCAGUUUCUCUAUUGAUUCCAUAGAAUGUUUCCAGUGCACAGCUGACUUUUGGUCAAAUCAGAACAAGACGAUAUGUGUCUUGAAAGAAGUAGAAUUCCUUUCAUAUGAAGAUGCAAUGGGGAUGACUUUGGCCGUGAUUGCAUUACUUGGAGCCUGUAUAUCUCUUUUUGUGCUCGUCAUUUUUAUGCAAUACAGAAGCACUCCAAUUGUCAAAGCCAAUAAUUCAGAACUGAGUUUUCUCUUGCUUAUCUCCUUAACUUUUAGUUUUCUUUCUGCCUUGUGUUUCAUUGGGCAGCCAUCCCAUUGGACCUGUAUGUUGAGACAUGUAUUGUUAGGGACCAGUCUUGUAGUAUGCAUUUCUUGCAUCCUGGUAAAAACAAUUGUUGUGAUAAUGGCAUUUAAAGCAACAUUGCCAGGUAAUAACAUGAUGAAAUGGUUUGGAGUCGCACAACAGAGGGGCACCAUCGUUUGCUUUACACUUAUUCAAGCUUUAAUAUGUACAAUAUGGCUGAGCACAACUCCACCAUUUCCUCUUCGAAACACUAAGUAUCAGAAUGAUAAAAUUAUAUUUGAAUGCAGCAUUGGAUCACUAAUUGGAUUUGGUUGUCUUUUAGGAUACGUUGGCAUUUUAGCCUGCAUUUCUUUCCUUUUAGCUUUCCUUGCUAGACAUUUGCCAGACACCUUCAAUGAAGCGAAAUUUAUCACAUUUAGUAUGCUCAUCUUCUGUGCAGUUUGGAUAACAUUCAUACCAGCUUAUAUUAGCUCUCCAGGGAAAUACACAGUAGCUGUGGAGAUUUUUGCUAUAUUGGCAUCUAGUUUUGGCCUACUUUUUGCAAUAUUUGCUCCAAAAUGUUAUAUUAUCCUUCUUAAGCCAGAGUUAAAUACAAAGAAAGCCAUGAUGGGUAGAUGA